UGACGUAAACUGGUAAUUUAGCAGAAGUUUGGAGGUAAGUUCAUCCAAAUUUAUAUUAUUCAUGACUUGAUUUUUUUAAAAAUGUAAUGACUCAAUUUUUUUCUAUCAAACAGUUGAAAUUACUACCAAAUCUAGCCGUAAAAUUUAUAUUGGUAGCAUUGAUGUUUUGUUUUUCAUGAUACACGCGAAGCAUGACAAGUGAAGUGACAACUGAAACAUUUUGAAGAGGGGAGUAAUGAGUAAUGAGAUAAAAAUUAUAAAAAGCCGAGAAGAGUAUUUUGUUUUAUGUUAGUUUGUUACCGAGUUGAAGAGCUGUCUGUUGUUGACGGUCUCUGAUUCAUUUUACUAAUAAGCGGAAACUGGAAUACUAGAAGUUGACGAGUCAUUGUUAGACAAAAACUUGUUUGCUUCCAAUCCAAUUACAAGAAAAAUUAUUGAACUUAAUACAGUCAAGUAAUCUUUUUCUGCGUACUGUGUUCCUAGUAUAAAGAAGACUCUCCUGCUCAUCUGUAACGAAGAUGAAGGCAUUUAUCCUAUUUUUAGGAAUCGGAUUGUGUUCUGGAGAUCUUUUGAGGGUUCCAGUCUACAAGGCCGACUCCAUUCGGAAGCAAUUUGCAGAAUUGGGAAAUGAGUUGCCCCACAGUCAAACAGUGUAUGGAUUUAACGGCGUUUCUAAUGUAAAGGAAGGUACUGCUGAAAGGUUGACCAAUUACUUUGAUGCGCAAUACUUUGGUCAAAUCAGUCUUGGAACACCUCCCCAAUCGUUCCAGGUCAUUUUUGAUACCGGUUCUUCAAAUUUGUGGGUUCCCUCCAAGAAAUGCAGCUACUUCAACAUUGCCUGCUUGACUCAUCACAAGUAUGAUGCGACAAAGUCAUCAACAUACAAGGAAAAUGGAAAAUCUUUCGAAAUCCGUUAUGGAACUGGGAGUCUUUCGGGAUUCCUCUCAACUGAUACACUCACUAUUGGAGAUUUGAAAAUAAAAAAUCAAACUUUCGGCGAGGCAGUCAAGGAGCCUGGCAUGACAUUUGUUGCAGCCAAGUUCGACGGUAUUCUGGGACUAGCUUUCAGCUCCAUCUCUCAAGACAGUGUCACUCCGCCAUUCUAUAAUAUGAUGAGUCAGCACCUCAUCAAGGACCCGGUAUUCUCCUUUUAUCUGAACAGGAACGCUUCGGCUCCAGCUGGUCAAGGUGGUGAAAUUAUUUUCGGUGGUUCCGAUCCUGAGAAGUACGAGGGUGAAUUCACCUAUCUUCCUGUUGACAAGACUGCCUACUGGCAGUUCAAGAUGGACAAGUUAGUACUGUGUUUCAAAUUUAAAACUAAAUUUGUGUCUUAGUACCUUCACAAAUUAGUUUUCCUGAUCUCUGGUUACCGUACGCAAGGGAAGAUCGAGUAUUAAAUUGUAAUUAGUUUUCAAUUAUUGUUUAUCAAUUUAGUACAAUAAUAGCCUAUUCUCAAUACAUUCUGAAUCUA